AGGAGGCUGUUCAGUUCCCAGCUCUGCCAGAAGCACCAAGCGCAACCAGGCGGUCGUUAUGGACUACUGGCCCCUGCUCCUGGCCUCCCUGCUGGUGAUACUUCAGGUCCAGGACAUCUGUUGCUCCAAAGAGGAGGUCCCUAACAGCCCCCCAAUACUGUACCUAAGGCAGCAGAAGGAUGGAACGGGAAGAGUGAAGAGGGCUUGGGUCAUCCCCCCGAUAAGUGUGUCAGAGAACCAGAAGAGGAUCCCUCACUUUCUGGUGCAGAUCAAAUCAGACCAGCAGCGGCCUGGAGGCGUCAUCUACAGCAUCAAGGGACCAGGAGUGGAUGAGGAGCCCAAGGACAUCUUCUCCAUUGAUAAGCUCACCGGGAAGGUCUACCUCAAUACGAUGCUGGACCGGGAAAAGAACGAGCGCUUUCGACUCAAGGCCUUUGCGCUGGACCUGGGCGGAAUGCCUCUGGAGGACCCCACGGACUUGGAGAUCGUGGUCAUGGACCAGAACGACAACCGGCCGCUCUUCCGUCAGGGCGUGUUCACGGGGCACGUGGUGGAAGGAGCUGUCCCAGGUACCUAUGUGAUGAAGGCCGAGGCCACAGAUGCGGACGACCCCGAGACCGACAACGCGGCAUUGAGAUACUCCAUCCUGGGGCCGGGAACGGGAGGCGCCUUCACGAUGGACGAGCUCACCGGGGAAAUUCAGACUGCACAAGCGGAGCUCGACCGGGAGGUAGUGGGCAUUUACAACCUGACGCUCCAGGUGGCGGACAUGUCCGGAGAAGGACUGGCCACCACGGCCACUGCAGUGAUCUACAUCGACGACAUCAACGAUAACCCACCCGAGUUCACGGAGAAAGAGUUCUCCAUGGAGGCCCCCGAGAACAAGCACGGGGUGGCCAUUGGGCGCGUGAUGGUGCAGGACAAGGACCUGCCUGGCUCUCCCAACUGGCUGGCCAAGUUCACCAUCUUGGAAGGGGACCCCGAGGGGGCCUUUGCCAUCCACACCGACCCCCUCACCAAUGACGGCGUGGUCUCCCUGGUGAAGGCUCUUGACCACGAGGAACGGAACCGCUUCGAGCUGCUUGUGUCCGUCCAGAACCAAAGUCCGCUAGAGCUGUCGGCCCCAAAGGCUGCCCGUGCCUUGGCCAAUGUGCGGGUGCAAGUGCUGGACACCAACGAAGCCCCCGUGUUCCGGGAGAAUCCCUUGAGGGGGAGCGUGAAGGAAGGCGCCCCUCCUGGCACAGAGGUCGUCCUCUGCCGCGCCAGCGACCCCGACACCCAGCAGACGCAGGAGCUCAGGUACUCCCCGGCCUUGGAACUGGCCACCUGGCUGCAACUAGACCCGGGCUCUGGCCUGCUGCAGACCCGCCAGACGGUUCCACCACGUUCCUCCUUCCUGGGGGGCUGGUACACCACGCGGAUCCUGGCCAGUGAUAAUGGAAACCCGCCCCGCACUGCCACUGGGACCCUCUCCAUCGAGGUGCUGGAGGUGAACGACCACGCGCCCCGCCUGCUCCCCGUGACUCGGGUGCUGUGCAGCCAGGGGGGCGGCUUGGUCCUGAGCGCCACUGACGAGGACUUGGCUCCCCACGCCGAGCCUUUUCACUUCCGUCUGGGCUCCGCCGGCGACACAGAGCUGGCUCACAACUGGACUCUCAGCCAAGCCAACGCCACCCACGCGCUGCUGCGGCCCCGGGGAGAAGUGGCGGAAGGCCUCCACGCCCUGCCGCUGCUCAUCAGCGACUCGGGGAAGCCGCCGCAGGUGCAAGAGCAGCUGCUGAACCUCACCGUCUGCGCCUGUGACGAGCGGAGGGACUCCUGCCAGGUCCAUGCCGCUGCCGUGGUUGGCGCCGUGGCCGGCCUCGGAUUCGGGGCGUUGAUGAUCAUCCUGAGCAGCGCCAUCCUGCUCCUGCUAUUGGCGCUGCUGGUGGCUGCACUGGAGCAUUCCCGCCGCCGCGCGUUCCGCAAGGGCCUCUUGGGGGGCUCACAGGACGACCUGAGGGACAACAUCCUCAACUACAACGAGCAGGGAGGUGGAGAGGAGGACCAGGACGCCUACGACCUCAACCAGCUGCGUAACCCAGACCUGUUCCCCCCACCCUCGCCACGAGGAAAGCCCCCGCGCCGGAGAGACGCCCCCUACAGCUACGCCUUGCCCCAGUACCCCCGCCGCGUGCCGGCCGGCCCUUCGGACAUCGAGGACUUCAUCCAUGAGGGCCUAGAGGCAGCAGACCGCGAUCCCAGUGUGCCCCCCUACGACACGGCGCUCAUCUACGACUACGAGGGGGACGGCUCAGCCAGCGGCUCGCUCAGCUCCAUCUUUUCCAGCUUGGCAGACGAAGACCAGGAUUACGACUACCUCAGCGACUGGGGGCCACGAUUCCGGCGCCUAGCGGAGCUUUAUGGCCAAUAAGCAGAGCCAGAGGGGGGGAGGGAGAGG